AUGUUUCCACGUCCGUCCCAAGUGUUUUUUCUGUUCAGCAUGUCAUACGGUGCCCAGACGUGCUUACCGGAGGCGGUACCGCAAGAGAGUCGGUCAAACAUCACUCUCGAAGGGAUCUCGAUGCCUAUUGGCGUUUCCUCUGGCGACUGGGAUGCGGCUAUCAUCAUCAGCGAGAUCGCCGGCAUAUUGGUGUCCGAAAUACUUGGCUACACUUAUCGCUUAGGACUGGAAUCUACUUCGCUGGAUCGUUUACUACGACUGGCCGGUUGCACGAGCCCCGACAGCUGCACGACACCUUCGUCUUACCAUGUUGCCAUGGAAAUCUAUGGGCCUGCAACGAUUCUCAGCGAAUUUACUUCUGUUGCGAGCCAGAUGGGUGACACGGCUCCGCAGAACGUUGGAAGCAUGGGUUAUCCUGGCCCCGAGGGUAUUUUUGUUUUCGAAGAGCGCCGACAACAGUAUCUGGCAGAUACUGGGCUGGAUUUAGCUUAUUACUUCGCUUAUAAUGCUUCUUGGUUUCAUCCCGAGAAUUACCUGGCAACUGUCAGCGAAGUAAAUAUGGAUCAGCUUUUGUCGUGUGGCCAAAGCGUGGACGUAGCAUGGCCCGACAUAGCAUGGCAGUACUUGAACUCCACCGGCGAUUCCGAUGGUGUGGAAUUUCGCCAGGGUGGCUGGUAUUUGAAAUGCUGGGAAGACAAAUGGUGGCCAGCACCAGCAUGCAGAUCUAAUGUUUCGAAGUGUAUUGCCAUUGUAGCCGGUGAUGGUGCUUGGGGGAUGCGACCUCUGGUGCAGCUGGCGGCUUUUCACAAUAUGCCAGUUGCAUUUGCUUCGGCCGUCAACGUCGAUGCCUACGAGAUUCUGACACGAACGCUGAAGUCGAUGGCGUUUUGGUGGGCUCCAGACACUACGUUUUCCGAUCUUGAACUUACUCCUGUGGUGUUCCCCCAGCACAACGAAGCGGAGCACAGCAAAGGCAUUUUUAGGACCGGACCGUUUGUCGAACCAUUGCAGAACUGGAUCUCCGCCGAUUUGGUGAAUGUGGCAAACAGAGCUGUUCGUUUUGUCCAAGAGUUCCGCCUGAGCGAACAUGAUGUCCGCGAGCUCCUGCGGACACAUGUGCAGUCAGGCACAGAUCCACAUGCCUCUGCUUGUGCUUGGCUUCAGACGCACAGAGAUCAGUGGACCGCCUGGGUUCCAAGCCAAACGGAGUGCACCGUGGGCAGAGGCCUGGUCGAUGAACAAGGGAAUUUUGUGGCAUUACGAGCUGAUGCAGAGGACUGUGCAAUUUGCCCACCCGGACGGGCAUCGGAGAGAUCCGCAAGCACGUUCAUCUGUUCUCUGUGCCAGGUUGGUUCAUUUCAGAAUUCCUUUGGAGCGUCCUACUGUAGCGAAUGUGAACCUGGGACCAUAUCUGCGAAUGAGGGCUCCACACAAUGCACCUUGUGCAGGCUUGGUGAGUUCGCCAACCGCUCCGCUAUGAGUUCUUGUUUCUCCUGUAGUGUGGGCGCGGAGCAGGAAGGGAUGUGGACCACCAGUGAAGUCGCUGCAGAAUCUGGAAAUCACAUCAUCGAGCGUGAAGGAGCCAAGUCGGGAAGUCUCUGCGCUUGCCGUUCGGGCAGCUUCCUCUGGAAAGGUUCUUGCAAGCUCUGCCCGCGCGGCAGCCGCUGCCCGGGCUUGAACCAAUUGGAACUGCUGCCGGGGUAUUUCUCCUCCCGGGAAGCGGCUUGGAAUCGAGUAGACUAA